CUCUCUCUCUCUCUCUCUCUCAGCAUUGCGGUGCAGAAGUUGUGCGGGAUAGUCUUCAUAUAUUUGUCCCAACAUUCCCAUUUCAACUGCGUCUGAUCUAGGAUCAGUUAUGGCUUUAUCAGCGGAGCUCUGAAUGAUACGGUGAUGUAAUACGGUCCAUCUACUCAUGAGGUUUAGAUCCUCAUUUAGGGAUGGUUGUGUUUUUAAACUGAAGACAUUCACCUCUUGUGACACGAUGGGACUAGGACAGUCCACUAGGACAUCAGCCAAUGAUAAUACAGCAGAAGUUAACUUCGAGCACUUUCAGAUCCUGAGGGCCAUUGGUAAAGGCAGUUUUGGGAAGGUAUGCAUUGUUCAGAAGAAGGAUACAAAGAAGAUGUAUGCCAUGAAGUAUAUGAACAAACUGAAGUGUAUAGAGCGCAAUGAAGUGCGCAAUGUUUUCAAAGAGCUUCAGAUUAUGCAGAACCUUGAACAUCCUUUCCUGGUGAACUUCUGGUACUCAUUUCAGGAUGAAGAAGACAUGUUCAUGGUAGUUGACCUGCUGUUGGGCGGAGAUCUACGUUACCACCUGCAACAGAACGUUCACUUUACAGAGAGCACAGUGAAGCACUAUGUGUGUGAAAUCGCCCUCGCUUUGCACUACUUGCGCAACAAACGCAUCAUUCACAGAGACAUAAAACCAGACAACAUUUUACUGGAUGAACACGGUCAUGCUCACCUUACAGAUUUCAACAUAGCUGCUAUCGUGAAAGAUGACUUAAAAGCAACAUCAAUUGCUGGGACAAAACCGUACAUGGCCCCAGAACUGUUCCAGCCGAUUGAAGGAACACAUUCAGGUUACUCAUUUGCAGUGGACUGGUGGUCCCUCGGCAUAACUGCAUACGAGCUGCUUCGGGGACAGAGACCGUACAUUGUGCGUGCUAACACACCGACCACUGAGAUUCAGCAAACCUUCCAAAAGAUUCAGCCCUGUUACCCUGUGACCUGGUCUUUAGGGAUUAAAUCCCUCUUAAGAAAGCUGUUGUGUGUAGAUGCUCAGGAAAGGAUUUCAUGCCUGUCAGAGCUUCAGGAUGUGGAAUACUUGGCAGAGGUCAACUGGGACGCUGUGCUUAACAAACAAAUCCCGCCCGGCUUCCUCCCUAAUAGGAGGAGACUGAACUGCGACCCCACAUUUGAGCUGGAGGAGAUGAUUCUGGAAUCCAAACCACUACACAAGAAGAAGAAAAGGCUGGCGAGAAAGACGAGAGACAGCGACUCUGAUGGAUCUCCUCAGAAUGGGCAAAUUCAACAGCGCUUAGAGACUGUCCAGCGAGACUUCAUCGUCUUCAACAGAGAAAAGUUGAGGAAAAACAAAGCCGACACAGAGACGAUCGACGUUAAUGCUGAAGUGACGCACAAAGACAUUCAAGAUGGACAGAACAACAACGUUAGAAUGUCAACUCAUUUAUCAGGUUAACAUUUCUCUAAAGGAACAAACCACCACAGCAGGACAGACGCAAACAGAAAAUGCAUGAGAAAAUUCAUAACUGAAUCAGGAAUGUCCAUGUGGAAAUAUUGGAAUAGUUGGGAAACUCAGGACCCUGAAGGCCAGCAGCAGCAGCAGCAGCAUGUCCAAGUGUGACCUUCACAGCAGUGAGUUCAGCAGUUUACAAUGACUGAUCUCAAGAUAAGAAACACAAACAAAACAAAAGCCACAAAUAAACAUCAUCAUCAACCAGUCACCUGCUGAAUGAAAUGAUUUCAGUUGUGUAGAUUUACUUCAGUCUUCAUGAUUUAACAUACAGAUGCAUCUCAUUGUGUCUAUGUGACUCAUUUAAAAAAGUGUAUUGAAUUUUAUCAUUUCACAUGUAUGGAUGUAUAAAGGUUUGUUGAAUUUUACUGUGCAGCUGUAGAAAAAUGAAUGCAGAUAAAAUGAAACACUUUGAUCAGUGUGGCUAAGGUUUGUUCAUCAAAUAAAAGUUCACCCAGUUUAGUCUGUUUCUAGAUCAUGUAGUAAUGAAAAGUUUUGAUCUUGAAAUGAUUUAAUCGUUUUAAAGAAUUAUUUGUAAGGUUCUCCACAUGAAAUCUCUUGUACUGUUGACCAUAAUGACUCAAUAUUAUAUCACAUUUUAUUAAUUUAUUAUUCCCCUCCAUAAAACAUUAAUUAUGCACAGUCAAAACAUGAAUCCAUGAUUAGGAAACUAAAUGUAUUUUGAGUUUGAUUUAUUAAGAUGUAACCCUGACAAUAAAGGCUUUUUAAUAACAAAAAGUAUUUACUGUAGCUCAACACAUAAUAGGGACUUUAAGCAACAGCUGGGAAUGGAACGGCUACGGCGACCGGAAGUAUGCUGUCACACCGCCGUAGCCAAGAACGUAAAAAUCACUAAGCACCCGUAAACAGGACAGCGCAACGCGGUAUUAAUUCAUUUAUUGAGAAACAAAAAAAUGUAAUUUAAAAAAGCAAGAGAAGGGUUGGUUUUGUCAUUAAAUUACAGUCUUUUGUCAGAAGAUGAGUUUUUACUAUUGUAUGAUGUAAAUAAGUCUAAAAACCUAGAUUUAAGCAAUACUUGAAAACAUUGAAUACUUCAAAAUCUUUAAAAUUAGCUUAAAUUUAAAACAUUUUAACAGACAUUAUAUAAAAGACAUGUGGUAAAAUCAUAAACUGAUGCAAUUACAAUGUCAUAUGCCAUAAAACAUAAUAUUUAUGUACAUAAUCUCUCACGUUGUAGCGACUACGGCAAAUCAGCUGUUCUCCCGUAGUAGACCGUUACAGUAGAACGUCGCAAAGUAGCAGUUAAAUUCGCGCAUGCGCAAUACAACGCCAGAAUGCCGUUGCCGUUCCACCAGAGGCUGUUGCUUAAAG